AUGAUGAUGGAAAAUUAUUACAAAGGACCUAAUGAAAGUCGUUUUGAACAUUCGUUUGAGCAAAAAAACAACUCAGACUUUAAUAUGUUGGUUCUGGAUCUAUCACGCAAGAAGCACGUGACGUCUACAUUAUCCGAAGUAAUUCAACCCAUUGGCUCAUCGCAAACUUUGUCUUCAGCAAAGGAGCAAAAAUAUCAAGAGAUACAUUUUCUAGAUGAAAAUACACAGACUCCUAUCGCGGGCAGUAGUGCCAUGCUAUCACCAUAUUCCGAAUCAAACUCACCGAAAGAGAUGAAGACUGAUUCUAUAGACUACCAUGAAAAUAGUAACCAAUUGAAACAUACUGUGCCAUUAACAAGUACGCAUAAUAUUAUUCCAGGAGUAACAAUGGUAACACCCGAGCAGCCAUCGCUACUUGCAUUCCCGAACGAAGCCACAAAUAUUUCCGUACCAAAAAUAUAUUUACCAUAUAUAGAAACACCACAAUCUUUUAUAACGAAUAAUGAGAUCAGAAGAAUCGUUUCAAUGCCAGCAGAAUGCUCGACGUCGGAUAUGAAAUCAUCAACGUCUUCGGAGAAAAAAACGCCAAGACCUUUCAAGGCCUAUCCAAACAAUUUUUUGACUGUUGUUAACACUAUUGACCAUAAUUCGAAUGAGAAUUAUGCAAAAUUCCGUCAGAUGAUACUUCAAAACAUAAAAAAAAUGAACAAAAAUACAUCGAAUCCUAAAAUGCGUCGAGUAUCUAGGUCUAUUAGCAGUCCUGGAUUGCCUACUAGUACCGUCGAUGAGAAAGAUGCUAUUUAUUGGGAAAGAAGAAAAAAAAAUAAUGAAGCAGCGAAGCGUUCCAGAGAUGCUCGAAGGGCUAAGGAAGACGAACUCGCAAUCCGAACGAGUUUCCUCGAAUACGAGAAUGCGCAACUGAGGAUGGAAAUACAGAGACUCAAGAUGGAAAUAGAAAGACAACAUAUUUAUAUACAAUAA